GCUAGGCUCCGGCUCCGAGGAUUGCGGCGGGGGCGGGGCGGGGGCGGGGCCACGGCAACCUCUGCCCAGGAAGCUUUUCUCGGCGCUCACGCUGUGCCGGCGGCUCCUCCGGCCCGGGGGCCGAGCCUGCUCCAGCGGCAUGUCCUCCAAGAAAAGCAAAGCGCGGCGGAGCCAGGGCGCCUCCCCCGCCGCCUCCCCCGGCCCGGACCCCGGCCCCGGCUGCCUGGUCGUGGUGGACUUGGUGGAAAAAGCAGAUGAUCCUGUCCCAAAAACAUUCCAAAAUUUCUUUUCACAACUUGGCCUCAACACGCUGAAAUCUGCCAACCUCUGCAUUGGCCGGCCUGUGCUGCUGACGAGUGGUGGCGGCCAGCAGGAGGUCUGCACGGCGUGGCCUGUGGCAGCAUUUCCUGGAAGGAAGGUUGGCUUGAGUGAAGGUGUUCAGAGAAACCUGGGAGUGAAGCCCGGGGAUGGGGUCCUGGUGGAACCUGUCUCGGGGGCCCUGGUGCCGGCCGAGAGAGUGGACCUGAUGCUGAGUGACAGGGAUUCGGAAAUGAAUGAGGAAGAAUUGGCCACUUGUCUUCUAAGAAAAUUAGAUGGUAAAGUUGUGUUGCCGGGCAAUGUUCUGCAUUUCACUUUCUAUGGCAGACCAUGCCUGUUGAGAUUGAUGUCCGUGAAGGGAGCCGACGGCCUCACCCUGGUACAGACUCCGAGGAGCUCGGCCUGUGAGAAGCAAGAACGAGCCUUUGAGAUGUCAGCCCUUGAGGCCAGUGCCGGGGACUUGUCCUUGGAGAUAAGCCAGCUCAGCCUGGGGGAGCCGCAGAACGGGGCGUCCACCAGCACGCCGUGUAAACCCGGAGAGGGCAGCUUUGCCCUGAGGCCAGGAGAUACCUCCCUGGAGCCUGACCGACAGCUCGGGGACAGCCCGGCUCUGGCUGAUGGCUCUGAUCUGGCUGGCGAAGGGACCGUCCUGCGAGAAGAGAGACUGCAGCCCCCAGCCCCAAUGGGGGCCCACGGCAGCGCCGACACGUUCUACUAUCUCUCUUCUGUUACAAAAUUCAACUUUGUCAAGCCCCAGGCAGCCACAGGAGAGGAGGGUGGCCCACGGAAAGUCACUUACGACCUCAUCGGAGGCUUGAGCAGCCAAUUGGAAGCCAUCAGAGAGAUGAUCGAGCUGCCCCUGAAGCAGCCGGAGCUGUUUAAGAGAUACGGAAUCGCUCCCCCCCGAGGUGUGCUGCUGUACGGCCCUCCAGGCACAGGGAAGACCAUGAUUGCCAGGGCCAUCGCCAACGAAGUGGGUGCCCACCUCACUGUCAUCAACGGUCCUGAGGUCAUCAGCAAGUUUUAUGGUGCUUCGGAAGCAAGACUGCGGCAGAUCUUUGCGGAAGCCACUUUGAGGCAGCCCUCGAUUAUUUUUAUUGAUGAACUGGAUGCCCUUUGCCCAAAGAGAGAAGGGUCUGAGAAUGAGGUUGAAAAGCGGGUUGUGGCAUCUCUCUUAACCCUGAUGGAUGGUAUUGGUUCUGAAGGGAGCGAAGGGCGGGUUUUGGUCAUUGGGGCCACAAACCGCCCUCACACCUUGGAUUCAGCCCUCCGAAGGCCAGGCCGCUUUGACAAGGAGAUCGAGAUCGGGGUCCCGAAUGCCCAGGACCGGCUGGACAUCCUCCAGAAGCUGCUUCGCGGGGUCUCUCACGGCCUCCGAGAGGCAGAGUUGGUCCAGCUGGCAAACAGCGCUCACGGCUAUGUGGGGGCCGACCUGAAGGCCUUGUGCAAUGAGGCAGGGCUACACGCCUGGCGGCGAGUCCAGAGGCAGCUGCCUGACCUUCCUGAGGACGAGGAGGCGCGACUGGCCAAGACGACUCUCGGCGACUUCCUGCAGGCCAUGAAUGACGUCCGGCCCAGCGCCAUGAGGGAGGUGGCCAUCGACGUCCCCAGCGUAUCCUUGUCAGACAUCGGUGGGCUGGAAGACAUCAAACUCAAAUUGAAACAAGCUGUGGAAUGGCCUUUGAAGCAUCCAGAAGCCUUUGCCCGGAUGGGAAUUCAGCCGCCCACAGGAAUCCUUCUGUAUGGACCUCCUGGAUGCUCCAAAACAAUGAUCGCCAAGGCCCUGGCCAAUGAAAGCGGGCUGAACUUCUUAGCUGUGAAGGGACCUGAAUUAAUGGAUAAAUAUGUUGGUCAGUCGGAACGAGCAGUCAGAGAGAUCUUCAGAAAAGCCCGAGCUGUAGCCCCAUCAAUUCUUUUCUUUGAUGAGCUUGAUGCCUUAGCCGUCGAAAGAGGCAGCUCUUCAGGUGCCGGAAACGUAGCUGACCGUGUUUUGGCCCAACUCUUAACAGAAAUGGAUGGGAUCGAACAGCUCAAAGAUGUGAUUAUUUUGGCAGCUACCAAUCGCCCAGACAAGAUUGACAAGGCGCUGAUGAGACCUGGGAGAUUCGACCGGAUCAUCUAUGUCCCCUUGCCUGAUGCAGCCACGAGGCGGGAGAUCUUCAAGCUUCAGUUUUCCUCUAAGCCAGUCGGGCCGGAUGUCGACCUGGAAGAACUCGUUUGUCAGACAGAUACCUACUCGGGGGCUGAGAUCACGGCCGUCUGUUCAGAAGCAGGCCUCCUCGCUCUAGAAGAAGAUAUACAAUCUAAAUACAUCAUGAGAAGGCACUUCAUGGAGGCCUUGAACAUCAUGACCCCGAGAAUUCCUGAGUCCAUGAGGCAUUUUUACGCAGAUUAUCAUAAAAACGGACUGCACACAUGCUGAGGACAUCCUAGGCCCUGAUGUAGUCUAUUCAAACACCUUUUUGAAAGAAAAGUGAGUUUCCCACAUGUAGCAUGGCUCGUGGAGGCCUAAGCGUUCCUUACUGCAAGUGGAAUGUCUGAAAUCCACUUGGAUGGAAUGGGGAGGCUGCCGACCCUUCAAUAAAGGCUGAGAGAAACAUA